UAUAUCUUGUAUGGUAAAUACUUAAAUUAUUAGAAGUAAAUAUACAGUUUUAGGUUUGUACUAUAGUAAACUAGUGAUAGUAUUUUAAUUCUUACUGCUUAAAUCACCAUUUAAAUAAAUGUUAUAGUUAUACUGUACGAGUUAGAAGUGUAACUACAAAGCACAAAUCAAUAUCCAAAACACAAUUAGAUAUAUUUUUUUAAAAAAAGAUCGAAGAUACGUUUUAAUAAAAAUUUAUGAACAAUGUAGUAAAUAUAAAGAAAGUUGCAAAGGCUGUUAGUAUUACAGGACAGGUCAGAUAACUGAUGUAUAUAAGUAUGUAUAAGUAGCAGCACUGUACUUGUUUAUGUAUUCAUGUUUAUUUGCAUUUUGACACCACAUAGCAGGGUUUGGUGGGAUAUUAUUAAAUAGGUGAAGGAAUUAGUUCCAGGAUACUACUGGCAGGUGUUUGAAUCUAAUCCAGGAUGGUUGAUUUUCUUUUCUUCAGCAGUCAUUUCUUUGAUAUGAGUUUGUUUCGUGUGGGGAAACAUUUGUGAGGAAAUAGAUUUUUUGUUUUUUUACAUGAGUAAACAGUAUAGAAAUGGUAAUUGUUGUCUACUUUGGCCUGAUUUUGCAAACAACCAUGGUCGAUAGAGUGAAGCAUACUACAUUUUCUGUGUCAUCUAGGCUAAUGUAGGUUAAGUUUUGUCAGGUUAUGUUACCAUAGGUUCUUUGAUUGCUUGAUAAUCAUGGAAUGAGCUAUCAUAUUCAAUUAAGCGUGCACCAUUUGUUAUCAAACUAGGUGAGCGAAAGUGGUUUGGUUGAUGGACAUCAACUUCAAAACAACACAAACUGACAAAAUAUCAAGGUGCUACAAAUUAUAAUACUAAAUUCAAUCCACAAUGGACAAAGAAGUAUCCAUGGAUUUUGCCUGAAUCAUCCACUGUCAAUUAUUUUUGAUGCACACUUCAAGCUGCAAGGAUUACAUGAUGCUGAAAGACACAUUAACUCAAACUCUAAAAAUGCAAAACUUAUUUUUGGGACGGGGCUUGCCCCCCACCUUUGCUAUGGACCACAGCUUUUUAAUUUUCUCCCUCAUUCAUGGGUAUUUGAGGUUGACAGCUAUGCAACUAGUAAUAAUUAAUGUUCCAGUCUGGCUGUGCAUAUUGUUAAAACUAUAGAUUGUUGGCAUGAAAGUCAUGUAUUGUUUUAAUUUAAUUACACACACGUUGGUUGUUACCAUUUCUUUAUAUACCCGAUGUUAACACCUUAAGACUUUAUGAUCACAUACAUAACUAUAUGUGAUUAUAUAGUUAACAUUAUACAGUUAAGAUUAUAUUUCAGGGGUGAAAUUCUCAAAACAAAAGUAGAGGUACUCAGCUGGGUCAAGUGGACCUGUUUUUGAAAAAAAAAAGAAAUCUACAUGUAAACGUAUAAAUUGACAAUUUGAGUGUCAAUGAAUAAAUAGAACAAUGGAAUGCAUUCACAUCCAAAAAACAGCUCAAAUAAGUCCCAGUACAAGUACUGCCUUAAAAAGUAAGUUCCGGUACUUAGUACUGGUGAGUACCGGCAGAAUUUCCCCCUUGAACUAGGUACUUUUAAACUAUAAUAUGUCAAAUUACCUAGUUUAAUGAUAUAGUCAUGUAAAUUAUGCACAUAGUCCAAACUACAGAUUGUCUAAACAAUGGUCAUGUAGUUGUUUUCAUUUAACUAUAUACACAGUAGUCAUUUAUAUAACCUCACUUAUAUUGUGUAAUAAAGCAGGGGUCUUGUAUCAUUAGCAUUAUUUUACAAUUAAUUCAAAGCCCACACUGGUUUGUAGGCAAAUUAAUUUUCCUCUUGGAAGUUAUAGCUGUUAACUUGUGGAAUGAUUUCUUUUUGUUCAGAUGAUGUCAUUUGGGCCGAUUGAUUUUCUUGAAUUCUUUUAAGUGUUUAUUUGUCAAUUUUAUGGAUUUGAGGGAUACAUUUGGACUGUGCUGGUUUUAUUAUUGGGUCAGAUGGCUAGUUUAUGUUGUGUAGUGUUUUAUUAUGUUCUUAGAAUCUGGCUGCUCUUAAUACAGUAACUUAACAGUAUCACUUAGUUUUCAUAUCAAAAGUGGUUAAAGGAUAAUGUUUAGUAAUCUUGGAUCACACCUUUUUCAAAUGUGGCAUCUUGACAAAUAGAUAUGAAACUUAACUACAAGUAAAAGAAGCAUUUACAAUCUGCCGGGUCUCAGUAUGAAAUAUUAUGAAACCAAUAAAUAAAUAUUUAAUACAUGAAGUAAAAAAGAAUUUAAACUAUGAUGUAGUUUGUGUUCACUGUUUGUACUUUUAUUAAUACAUCAAACUUCUUUUAAUGAAAAACCUAUGAUAAAAAAGCAAAUUAUUCCUUUGACAUCUAGUGACUUUAAGAAAUAGAAACAGGAUUUGUAUCAUCUGCUUAACUUAUUUGCUUUGUAUUUUUGUUUCAUGUAAUUAUUGAAUUAUUAUAACUUACCAUAUUAAAUACAUCCAAGUGUCCAUUUUUGUAAUUGAGAUUUUCCAUUCAAAAUAUUAUCUGGCUGAACUGUGGAAGAAGUAAUAAAAACUAAUUUUGCUCAAAAGUAAAGACUCGUUCACCAUUUCUUGUCAAAACAUCUAUCAGCAACAUAUUUAUAGUUAACGUAAAUGUAGAUUGGAUCUAAGUGAAAAUGUAAUACACAAUACAAGUGAAUUUUAGUGGUUAAGUUAAAAUGAAUAACUUCCACAGUACUUCUUGGAUCAAUAAAGUAUGUCGUAUAUGAGAGGAUCCCCUAACUACGUAUGGAGUACAACAUGUGUACUAGGGAAAGGAGCAACGGGAGCAGUUUAUCAAGGUGUUAAUAAGACUACUGGUGAACCUGUUGCAGUCAAAGCUUUCAAUCACUUGAGUCACAUGCGACCGUAUGAAGUCCAGAAAAGAGAAUUUGAAGUUUUGAAGAAAGUGAGCCAUGACAAUAUUGUAAAACUCCUGGCUAUUGAAGAAGAGGUUGAAAGUCACAGCAAGAUCCUGGUAAUGGAACUGUGUACUGGUGGAAGUUUGUUUAAUAUUUUGGAUGAUCCUGCCAAUAGUUAUGGUCUAGAAGAAGAAGAUUUUCUCCUUGUUCUCAGCCAUGCUAGUGACUGUCUCUUGAGUCAAGGUUUAUGUGAAUUGAUCACACCACUUCUUGCUGGACUGUUGGAAUGUGAUCCAGAAAAGAUCUGGACCUUUGAUAAAUUCUUUAGUGAAGUCACCAAAAUCUUGUCCAAAAAAGUGUUUCACAUUUUUUAUGUCAAUGAAGGGAAGGAAUUUUCUGUAUACAUGGAUACGAAUAAAAGUUUGCUUGAUCUAAAAGAGAAAAUCAGCAUACAGACAAGCAUUCAACCUAAGAGUCAACUCAUUCUCUACCAGAAUGACAGGCUAGAGAAGCAUGUGGAUGCCGAUGCUCAACUUACGGAAUAUCCUCAGACAACCUCCAGAAAUCCCUUGCUCUUGCUGCAUCGUGACAUUACGGAAGUUACGGCACACGCUGGUUUGGGACAUCUGACAGCUCGUUUCCCAACAUUUCCAACUGCCUCUGUCAACCUCGAGCAUGAUGCUUCUCUGGCAAAGAUCUGUUGUAGUGUUGCUCAUGCUGUACAGAGAUUGGUAGAAAGAUCAGACCGAUGUUACACUUUUCUAACAAAAACCCCAAACAUCUUAAUAAAUUUAAUCAGUGAAGAUGUGAAACUACUGACAACAACACUUUCUCAAACAGAAGAAACUGCUAAUAAUUUAGACAACUGUUUAAAGAUGUUUGUUAACAGACAAACUUUACUGGCAAAAAUUCUUGAGUUGUGGCCAUACAAACAUACAGCACAGAGUGACCUGGACCAGCUGACUGGGCUGAUCACAUCUAAGAAAGAAAGUCAAGCAGCUGUACAGAAUCAUGUCAAGUCUCUUAAAGCCAGGAUCAAGUCAGUUGAAGAUAAGUUCUUGUAUGGAAAGCAUGCUCAACAGCAGUGGGAACAAAGUAUCUGCCAGUGUGUUAUCUUGUCUAGAUGUGUGGAGACGGCAUCUAUUCACGUCCAGAAAAUACGAGAAAGUUGGCAGUCACUGGUACGAGAUAAAGCAGCACGAACUCUGUCUUACAGUGAUGAACAGUUUCAUAUUCUGGAAAAAAUAAAAAUACAGCAGACUGGACAGAAGCUUUUUUCACUUCUUCAAGAUACGUGUUUGAAAGCUUGUCACCAAGUGUCUCAAAAAUUGGAUGAUUGGUACAAUGCUAUUCAGGUUGCGAUGGUUCAGUGUGAAUGUCUACAGAAAGAACUCAACACCUGCAUGGAAAUGGUUAAGAGUCAUGGUAUCACACUUGAAGAAACAAAGCAAGAGCUUGAAACAACCACAGAAAAAAUUAUCUCAUCCAUGAAGAUUACAUUACCUCAAGAAAAUAUAGGUGGUUAUCCAGCUGAAACAGAGGAACUGCAGUGUAAGGAACAAAACAUGAACAGUAAUAAGUCAUCGAAAAAACACAGGAUCCCUGCGAAGCUACUUAAAGAUGUAAUGGAACUACAGGAAAGCCAGUCUGGUUUGUGGAACAUUUUGCAGGAAAAUGAAGCUAUGAUAGCUCAAUUGGAUCAAAUAAUGUUCUUACAGUUGAAGCAAAACAAGAAUGAAACAGAGCAGACAAGCUGUAAGGAUGUUUUGAAUGAAAGAUAGGAUACUUCUCAAACUGUUGAAGAUAUUGAAGAAUGUGUAUCUUACCAUCAUUUACUUAAGUACUAGUAGAAGUUGAUUGUCUUUAAUAAGCAUAUGGGACAAACAGUUACAGUAAUGUACAGCAAGUAAAAUUAUGGGUGGAGGGUCCACUUUAUUUUGUUAUAAUGAUGUACAGCAAGUAAACUUAUAUGGUAGUGGGUCCACUUUCUUUAGUUACAAGUCAAUCACUUCCUUGAGUUAUUCAUUCCAAAUUCUCUAAGUGUCUGAGUAAUAGAAUUGUAAAACACGUGAAACUGAAGUAGAUGUUCAUAUUACAUCAUUGCUGAUUAAAGAUUGCAUGCAACAGAUUAUUAAGUUCAGUCUUAAACCAAUGAGGCUAGAACCAUGUGUGUGUGUGUAAUUUCACAUUUUAAAGUCUCUAAAAUAAUAAUAAUAAUUAUACUUAAAAAACAGAUUUGAAAUUUUAGGAAAGAUAUUUUGUUACACAUGUAAUGAAUAUUAUGUAUAGUAUUUUAUUAAAAGUCUUUGUAAAUAAAAUAAGUGACAACAAAAUAUCACAACAAAGUUAAAAGUACAGUAACAAUAUGAAAGUGUACUUCUGUCAUUGUAUCGCAACAAACUUAGAAUUACAUUAACAGUAACAAUAUGAAAGUGUACUUCUGUCAUUGUAUCCCAACAAACUUACAAUUAUAUUAACAGUAACAGUAUGAAAGGGUACUUCUGUCAGUGUAUUACAACAAACUUAGAAUUACAUUAACAGUAACAACAAUAUGAAAGUGUACUUCUGUCAUUGUAUCCCAACAAACUUACAAUUAUAUUAACAGUAACAGU